CGCCUCGCUCCGCCGUGCCGCACCGACCCGCUCGCAGCCGCUUUUCCGCGCCCCGAGAUGCCGUUCUUCAGCGUGCCCAAGGAGGUGGCCGUCGGCACGGCCAUGCUCGGGGUCGCCUUCGCGACGGGGCUGCUAGCAGGUAAAAGAUAUCCAUCCCUAUUGUUUGGGACAUCCAAACCACACAGGAGUAUUAUUGGGAAAAGCAGCCCUCUGUGGCAAUAUAUACUGGAUCAUUCCUUGAGGGAGCAUCCAAUUCUCAAGAAGCUGCGCCUGCUCACUGCAGAAUAUCCCUGGGGCAGAAUGAUGGUGUCCUGUGACCAGGCUCAGCUGAUGGCAAAUUUAAUCAAACUCAUUAAAGCCAAGAAAGUUAUUGAAGUAGGAGUUCUCACAGGAUAUAAUGCCUUGAGUAUGGCACUUGCCCUGCCAGAUAAUGGCAGAGUUAUUGCUUGUGACAUAAAUGAAGAUUAUGCCAAAAUUGGAAAGCCACUGUGGAAAGAAGCAGGAGUAGAUCAUAAAAUUGACCUACGGAUUAAGCCAGCUACUCAAACACUUGAUGAGCUGUUGGCUGGUGGAGAAGCAGAAACCUUUGACUUUGCUUUCAUUGACGCGGAUAAAGAAACCUACAAUGAGUACUAUGAAAAAUGUUUGCGCCUCAUAAAGAAAGGGGGAAUAAUAGCUAUUGAUAAUGUUCUUCGGUGUGGAAUGGUGCUAAAACCAAGAAAGGAUGACUUGGCAACACAGAGCAUCCACCAGCUCAAUGAGAAGCUUGUCAGAGAUGCACGAGUCAAUAUCAGCAUGAUCCCAAUGGGGGAUGGAGUGACAUUAGUGUUCAAGUUGUAAAUGGAGGUGUCCCAGCACAUGGGAAACAGCAAGCAUCAGAUCACCAGCAGAAAUGUAGCCAGAAUGCUGUCAAAAAUGAUUAUUUAACCCACACCUCCACAGCACAGCGCAGCUUAGGAAAGUAGACUUCAGAAUCAUCAAGACUCUAAGGGCAGCUAAGUUGAGGAGAAUGAUUUGCUUGGCAAUAUAGUGUGGCUUCUUAUUUUAAUAAAUUAUAAUAAAGGAAGCAUAUUAGAAAAUUACCUUUUUAAAACAGUGAUUAAAAAAAAAUAAAUGAAUUUGUGUAGAAUGACUGACUUCCAACUACGUCAGUACAACAAAGAGAUUUUCUGUCCUGAAAGAGGGUACUGAGUCUGAGACAAAAGGAGGGUACGGACACAGGGAAUUAAAACAUGGAAACAUUAAGUAAUUGAGGCAAGACCAUGGAGACGACCAAAAUCACCCUCUGAAACAAAUCUUAACCACUAGAAUAUUCUUCCCUUAUGUUUUCACUGAUUAGAAGGGACAUUAAUUGCACCUUCUACUGAUGAGGGGUAAGUCCUGAAUUUGGACAGGAAGAAGGGGUUUAAGUAGCAGCUAGAUAAAGCACUAGUUAAGCUGAGAGAAAAUAAAAACUGCUGAUACAACUCAGCACAAAUUUGCAUUAAUUAAGAGCAAAAAGGUCACGCUUUUUAAUAACUAAGAAGGACAAAGCAAAAAAUCUUGUAUGUUACUAAGAGAUCAGAGGAAAAAAAAAUCCAUUUUCUGGUUGCCUUAUUGCUGUUCAUUUUGUUGGGUUAUUUCUGUGGAAGUCAUAGCAAGAUGGAUAAAGAAGUGGCUAAGGUACGUUUUGGUGACACAGUUUUGAGGAUUGGAGAGGAGGGCAAACACUAGAGAGUGAACUUGGAACUCACAUACCAUUAGUCUCAAAAAGCAGCAUCAAACUGAUUAUUUUUGAGCUAUUUAGUACUUCUCUACAUACUAAGAAUCCAUGCAGGUAAGAGUGUUCAUCAUACUGUUUCUGUGGGUUCCCAUCUGUUGGGAACAUCUGUCUCAAACUAAAAGAGUGAAUCUGUCAGUUUCACUGGGACUUCACACAUCCUGCAUGUUUCUAACAGAACUGGGCCAAUAAAAUCCCCCUUUUUUUUCCCUAGUUACCGUCACUGGCUUAGACACCUUGAUUUUUUAAUGACAGUGUAAAUAAACAGAAGGUCAAGGGGUCAUUGUCCAUGAAAGCUCUAGAGGACACUAUUUAAUUGAAAAAGUCCAAAUGAGAAUUUAUUUUGGUGACUCAUUUUUGUGUGAUAAGACUAAGUAAAAAUUACACACCUUCUGGAGAAGACUACAUUCUCUUAUUAUUAAGAUAUUUGCUAGGUGCUACGAAGCACCAACAACCAUGGAGUCCUUCAACAUAAAUGGGUAACUGAACUCAUUUUUUUUUUUCUUUUAAGGCAGGAAAAAUGGCACACAUAACUGACAUUCACAGCACUUGGAAGCUGAGUUUUCUGCACCGCCGGACAGCAGGCAAUGUUACUCAGAAGCUGGCCUUCUCUUCAAGCUCCUGCCCUGCGUGUCUGGAAUUCAUCACUACUAACUGCAUUUAAUCCUUCAACCUUACUGUAAAGUGACUGCUGAUAAUGUAUAAUUAUGGUUUAAUUCAAGUGGUGAAUCAGCUUUGGGGAAUCUGCGGGGACCACGGGAAUUUAGGCUUUCCUUAGGUGGUGAGAACAGACCACACGACAACACAGCAUGAGUCUUUGUCUCUCUCUAAUGGCGAGAUCAUGUAUGGAAGCUUACAGGUCUGAACCUGAUUCCCAGCAUCACAUCUGUUGCUCACACAGUAUAGGCUCACCAUUUUCCAAACUAAAGACUUGCAAAGCGGAAUUAGAAUCUUUUAGUAACUGCAACUCCAAUAAGCAGCCAACAUUCACUCAGCAUAAAGCAGCGCAUGGCAACACUGCUGGCCUCUUCCACUAUAUCCAGAGGGAAGACAGCAGGAUCCUGGAGUUACCUGCAGCUUGGGAAGCACUCAGGACUGAGCUGUUGAAGUGCUUUUAGUCUGUUCAAGUUUAACUACAUCACACAUGGUCAGCAAUUCCUGUGAACUGCUUCUUGAAGACAAUUGGUGUGCUUCUUGUGAUAAAGCCCUUAAGAUAUACAGAAAGGAACAUGACUAAGCUUCAUCCAAGUCCUCUCCUUUGACACACGAGCAGCUCCCCAGCCACUCAGGAGCAAGGACCUGGCACGUACCACAUCUCAGGCCCUGCAGCCUUGCUGAUGCUCAGCACAGCAGCAGUUGAUGAACCUUGCAGCUGCAGCAUGGCCGUGCUGAACAGCUCCAGAUGUUCUUCCUCGUGAGGGAUGUGCCAUCUCAUUUAAGGAGCCUCUGAGCUCCCCACAUAUGGAUUCUGGACUGAUUACCAGGUGUUUUCCAUCAGUUUUUAUUUUACUACUCCUUUCAUUUCCACUUCAGCAGCACCACUUUCUUAUGCUUCCCAGAAUCAACAUGUGGAAAGCUGUAAGUGCAACCAGAGAGGCCUUCCAAGCAGGGAUUUCUGACCGGAUACCAAGCAAGAAGUACUGGGCAGGGAGCAACCAAGCUCACUGCUGCAGGUACUGCCCCAUGUUUGCUCCAGGUUCAAGGGCUUGCCUCAGAAUAAAGCAUUACCCCUGCCUAAGUCUAA